ACACAGAACACGGGCUCGUAUGAAAACGCAGCGUUUAAGUGUACACUACACUACAAUAUACUUUUGCCUAAAGAAGAAGAGAACAGCCGAAGCACCGAAACGAAUCACCAGAAUGGGGAGAGUGGAGGCACUGAGCGCGUACAGAGCGCUUCUAAGAGCGACGAGGAAGACCUUCGCCGGAGAUUCGUUCAUGCUGACGCAGUCAGCCGCCGAGAUCCGCCGGAAAUUCGAAGAGAAUCGGCAGAUGACGUCGGAGGAGGAUGUUCAGAGACACCUCGAAGAGGCACGCGAGGCCUCUCAUUUCAUCACCAACAUGAUCGUCCAGGCCAAGCUCAACUCUCGCGGCGGUUACGAAAUGAAGCCGGGUAAAGAGCAUGCAGGAGCAACAUUGGAGGUUCCAUCAGAAGAGCUUCUUAAGAAGUCUGUAUGAGGACCAGUUUGGUCCUUAUGGUGUGUUUCCCGUUUGGAGGGGGGAAUUUUAUGUUUUAUUUUGUUUUGCUUUUUUGUAGUAAGAAUGAGCUCUAUGGUCUUUUUUUUUUUUUUUUUUUUUCCCCCUCAAUUUAUUUGCAUCCCUUGGGAGGAAUACUGAAGGCCAGUUGAGAAAUCGAUAGAAAUGCUUUAUGUUUUAGAUUUAGUCCAUAAUGUUAUGCCAAUAAAUGUUCUUGCUGCAGAAGGGAAUUCUUGAAAGCUGAUGAUUUGUACAACCUUUCAAUUCGACCAUGUUUAUGUAUUUUAAUUUCUUGUGGAAUAUCAAAUAUUUGAAAGCCAAA